GGUUAAAAACACAUCAAUUCUAACAAGUUUGCCAUUCAACGUCAACUGCCAACCGUCACUUUGCCAUUCGACCCAUCGGUGCAUCAACAUCAACAUGUCGGCCAUGCCUCCUGCCCCCGUGCCCAAGAAAUCGGACGAGCGCCUGCUGUUCGCCGUGCCCAAGAAGGGCCGUCUGCAUGACAAGAUCCUUAAGUUGCUAAAGGGCGCGGGUCUGGACUACCACCGCCCCAACCGCGUGGACAUUGCGCUGUGCUCUAGUCUGCCUGUCACGCUCGUGUUCCUUCCGGCCUCGGACAUCGCCACGUACGUGGGCGAGGGUAACCUGGACCUGGGUAUUACAGGCCAGGAUAUCAUCGCUGAGAGCCGCACCAAGGUGGAUGAGCUGCUGCCUCUGGGCUUCGGUAAGUGCUCGCUGGGCGUGCAGACGCCUGUUAAGGACGCCAUCGCAUCACCCGAGCUGCUAGCGGGUAAGCGCAUCGUCACGUCCUUCCCGGAGGUCACGCGCGAGUACUUUAAGCAGUUCGAGACCGAGGCUACAGGUCCCACUAAGAUUAAGUACGUCUCCGGGUCGGUGGAGGCCGCUUGCUCACUGGGAUUGGCUGAUGGUAUCGUGGACCUAGUGGAGACGGGCACGACCAUGAAGGCCGCAGGUCUGGAGCUCAUCUCCACUAUUCUUAAGACGCAGGCGGUGCUGAUUGCCAACCCGCAGUCAGCGCGCAAGGACCUGGUGCACAAGGUGCACCAGCGCAUCCUGGGCUACAUCACGGCCACUAAGUACAGGAUGGUGACGUACAAUGUGGACAAGGAGAAACUGGACGCAGCCACCAAGAUCACCCCGGGACGUCGCUCCCCGACGGUAAACGGACUUGUGGGUGGCGGAUACGCCGUGUCUGCUAUGGUCGAAGUCAAGGACGUGUCCGACGUCAUGGACCAGCUCCACGACGUGGGCGCCACCGACAUCAUGAUCUUCAACAUUGAGAACUGCCGCGCCUAGACUGUUAGAAAACGUUUAGUCAUGCCGUGACAAUCAAUACAGAUCAUUUUUUGCUUAAAGGUUGACGCGCAGUGUCGGCUGGAACGUCCUAGUUGUCGAUGGUGGUGGUUGGUUUGAUGCUCUGGCUGAGUGUAAACGUUGGAUCCCGGUCUGAGACGUCGUUGCGGAGGUUGAUUUCUGGUAUUUGGGUGCUUUGAAUGGAUCCAGGCUUUGAUCAGCGA